CGCCGUCGCCACCGCUUGACAAUGCAGAUCUUUGUGAAGACCUUGACUGGCAAGACCAUCACCCUUGAAGUGGAGCCCAGUGACACCAUUGAGAAUGUCAAGGCUAAAAUCCAAGACAAGGAAGGCAUCCCCCCAGACCAACAGAGAUUGAUCUUUGCCGGGAAGCAGCUGGAAGAUGGCCUCACCCUGUCUGACUACAACAUCCAGAAAGAAUCUACCCUGCACUUGGUCCUGCGCUUGAGGGGAGGUGUUUAAAUUCCCUCAAGUUUCUUCAAGCUUUUGAGUAAUUUCACUGCACUUUUCUUUCAAUAAAGUUGUUGCAUUCCC